CGAAGCGAUUUCGAGAAUCACAGAAAGAAAUGGCGUCAACACGUCUCUUCUUCACUCUCCUCUGCUUCCUCCUCUCAACCUCCCUCGCCGUCUCCGAAUCCAAACUCUCGGAGCCUCACGCCGCCGCCGAGUCUUUCAACGUCAGCCUCAUCCAGAAACUGGGGUCUAGCUGUUCGUAUACGGUGAUCAUCUCGACGAGCUGUUCGUCGUCGAGGUACACUCGCGAUCAGAUUAGUAUCGCGUUUGGAGAUGCGUACGGAAAUCAGAUAUACGCACCAAGGCUUGACGACCCGUCAACAAAGACAUUUGAGCAAUGUUCAUCCGACACAUUUGAGAUAAACGGACCAUGCACAUACCAAAUAUGCUAUGUGUAUCUCUACAGGUCUGGUCCCGACGGUUGGAUCCCAGAGAGUGUAAAAAUAUACAGUCACGGCUCAAAGGCAGUCACGUUCCCUUAUAACACGAACGUCCCUGAGAGUAUAUGGUACGGUUUCAAUUACUGCAACAGCGCCUCGGAUUCUAAUGUCCUAGCCAUUGGUCUCGGAAGGAUUGUGCUUGUGGUACUUGGGUUUAUUGUGGCCGGUUCAACGUUGCUGUUGUAAGAUGUUGUGGUUAUGGUUUUAAUGUUCGGGUUUGUGUGAACAUAUGAGUAGGACUUGUGUUGAAUAAUAUACUGUUUCUUGGAAAAUUGGGUCUAUUGAUAUCCCUCGGAAGAUUUUCUGUAAUAACUAUGAAGUUACUACUGCUAAUUCACAGUUUGUAGAUUUUAUAAACAUAAUGUAUUUGUUACAGAUGUUGUGCUCUUUAUCAACCAUAUGUAUAUGUGAUAAAUUGAGUAAGAAAUCUAAUUGAUUUUGUUUGAG